AUGGAUGAUGAAGAAGACUCACACAUGAAAUCUAAUGACAAGUGUAGCGAUGAUUCAACCAUUCCUGCUAAGAAGGAUGAUGAUGAUGAUAACGCCGAUCCAUCUGGAAACUUCAUUCCUCCUUCUGUAGAGGCUACAAAGAAGAAUGAUUCUGGUAAAUCCUCAAAUUCUUGCAGCUCUCAUAAUUCGGGUAACAGACAUGAUGGCGGAGAAGCAAGUACAAAUCAGCCUCAUGAUGCCAAUGAUGACAGCCCGAAGACUGUAAAUACUGGAAUUAUAUGUCAUGAUGAGACUCAAGGAGAUGCAGAUCAAACCACAUUGGCUGUUGACACCGAAUCAUUCGAGCACACUAUCCUGUUAAGUCAGAGUUUAGCCCGAGAUGGAAAUCUGGAAGCAUCUCGUGGUGCGAAUCACGACGACUUACUCAUGAUCCAUGAAAAUAUGAUCACCUCCUCUCUGAACCUAAUAGAUGUUGAAGUGAAGACGUAUCUUGACUACACUCAAGAUGAAAAUCUGGAAGCAUCUAGCAGUGCUAGUCAUAAGGAUUCGCCUUUACCAAUUAAGCUAUCCGAAGACAUGCCAGUGGACUCGGCUGAUCAUCAUGAUCUUGCCUUGGUACAAGGUGGAAAUCUGGAAGCACCUCCCAAUGAAAGUCAUGCUGAUCCAGCCGAAGCAUUAAAGAGUUCGGAUUCCUCUGAGGUAAUUGUUAAUACCUCUUCUGCUUUUACUUCCCUACUGCAUGCUAUACAGGGAAUAGCGAAAACUCAGGAUACUCAUUUCAAAUCCAUAAAUGAGUCCAUUGCCAAAAUCAAGAAAGACAUAAGGAAGCAAAAGAAGAAGGCAUCAAAAUCCACUGCUGAUGCAAGGAUCACAGCCCUUGAGCAAAAGAUCGACAAUGUUUUUUCCGAAAACUUGAUCUCACUUGGAUCUUUGAAAGAGUAG